AUGAUCAAUUUUACGUUUCUCUUCUUAUGGACUCUGGUUAUUUUUAGUACAUUAAUUGCUGCCGAACUUCCACUUUCUUAUCCUGUUGAGUGGAGUUCUGUACCGCAAACCCCACCUGAGAGACGAAACCUUGAGUCACCUUAUCUUGGUAAGUGUAUAUGCGAUGUGACUUGGGGAUCAUGUGAUCCUAAUUGCUGUUGUGAUAUUGAUUGUAGUGAAACCGUGAGGAGUAAGUUUAAGUUCUGUCUUCAAGAGAGUGUUGGUUAUCCUCCUGUAGAAUAUUGUGACGGAGGUGCUGAUAGUAAAAAAAAUAUGCUUCCUAAUCAUCACUAUGUUGACAAAACACCUACUGGAAGUGCAGGAGUAUGUAUUGUUAGGACGAAUAAUGUAGCUGGUUUAACUCCUUUUUUUGCGUUACCAAGUAGUGUUUCUAAACCUACUGAUACUCACUUAAACGAUAAGGUUAAAUCUAAUGGAUUUAAUGGAUAUGUUGUUAAUGGUGGGUUAUUGUUGAUGAAAAAUAUAGAGGUAGCAAGUUCCGUAUACGAGUUCAGAAAUCUAGGAUUAUUGACUAUUCCAUCGGCUAGUCAAAAUGGAUAUUGUAAGUUAAAAGGUAGACGUGUGCGAUUUAUGAAUCCCAUAGACUCUACAGCCUGUGUACUGAAAGGUGGAGAUAUAUGCAAAUUGUUUCCAACUACAUCUUUUACGAAUUUAUAUUUGACAAAUUUUGGUAAUUAUUCAACAACUGCGUUUACACCUAUAGAGGUACAAAUUUUCAAUUAUACAUCUGGUGAAUUACUUAUUACACUUGAUUCAAAUUCUAUCAUACCAGAAGAGUAUCAAAGUAUUAUUAGUGGUGAGAAUUGCAAAAAUGCUGUUGUUCAAAUUCGAAAUAUUUUGGUUUAUAGCUCAAAUGAAUCAGGACUUUUAUUAACCAAUGCAACGACAAGUUUAUAUAUUCGUGAUAUAAAUAUAGAGUAUAUUACUUCUUUACUUUUUCAGACUGAAUUUACUCAAAAAGGUAUUCUUCCUCCGACAAAUUAUUUUCCUGCUACACCAGGGUAUUUUGAUGGAUCACUUAUACGGGCUGGUACACUUGUGACACAAGAGGGUAAGAAAGCUAUAGCAGAAAGAGUUAUUGGAUUUUCCAUUCCUAGUGGAGAUAGAUCAUGUUACCAGAAUAAUUAUCAAACAGUUCGUUUUUUACAUGAUGUAAGGAGUAGUAGUUGUACAAUAUCUUCUACUGAAGAUGAGUUACGUAAAUUAUGUUCAGGAAUAGGAACGGGUACAUUAUUACGUAGUAUUCUUAGUAUAAAUGCGGGAUCUUCUCCAACUUUUGAUGUUGAAACGAAACCAAUUGAUUAUGUUGCCCGUACUAAUGAUGCACUUGUGAAUGAUACAACAGCCUGGAUUAAAAUAGAAGGUCUUGAUUUUGGAGAUAUUUCUCCUGAUAUAUAUAAUUCAGUAGAAAGAGAAUGUAGUAAUAUUUAUAUUGGGAUACAUUACACAUUUGUUCUUUCCCGAAUUGGGGCAGAAAAUAAUCCUCAAGAUGUGAUUGUAGCUGCUUUCGCAGAUCCUAUUGUUGGAAAGUGGAAGAUACGUAAUAAUCAAGAUUUCUCUGGGAAUGCGACUUCUAUUCAACGUUUUCGUUUUGUUGUUUCCUUCACGCGAUUAGAUCCGCGUUCAGAAAAAAAAAUUCAUCAACAAGUUAUUGCUCCACCUAUUUUACCUCGUUUAGAUGAUAACGUUUUUUAUCCAUUUAAGCCACCAAAAUAG